GUCACGAAGACAAACGAUGUUGGCAAGCAAAGAAGAAAUCUGCAGAAAAUAGCAUAGCAGACACGGAACAAGAACACGAUAAAAGAAAAAAAGAAAACAUCUACAAGCCAGGUCUGCUGCUAUAGCAAGCAGACGAGGGCUUAUUCUCUUCUUCAAAAGUUUUGGUCUUGUUGAAGGGGUUAAGCUUCUCAUUUUCUCGUCAGUGUACAUCCAGUUCAUAUAUAGUAUUUCUAUUCUUUUUCAUCAUUAUUUCGGAUGUUUCAAAGCGCACAUCGAGAUUGGUGUGCUGCCAUUGAACGAGGAGGAUAAGUUCGUAGAUCUUUAUUUCGAGCUGAGUAGUGCAUCUGCUGGAGGAAUUGGAAGCAGAUCCGGGAGCUGCCUUAGUUUUUGAUCCGAUCAAUCUCCCACAAAAUGGUUGCUGCUGUCAAUCCUGUUGUUGGGUCCCAUGUUUGGGUAGAGGAUCCUGAUGUGUCUUGGAUUGAUGGUGAGGUUUUGGAUGUUAAUGGAGAAGCAAUCAAAGUCCUUUGCACUUCAGGGAAAACAGUGGUUGUUAAAGCUUCCAGUAUUCAUCCUAAAGAUACUGAGGUGCCAUCAUGUGGAGUGGAUGAUAUGACAAAGCUAGCUUACCUGCAUGAACCUGGAGUCCUGGACAACCUGAGAAUGAGAUAUGAUAUCAAUGAAAUUUAUACUUACACUGGAAAUAUAUUGAUUGCUGUGAACCCUUUUACAAAGCUUCCUCAUCUAUAUGAUAGCCAUAUGAUGGCACAAUAUAAAGGGGCAGCUUUUGGUGAGCUGAGUCCACAUCCAUUUGCAGUUGCAGAUGCUGCAUAUAGGCUUAUGGUUAAUGAGGGAAUCAGCCAAUCAAUAUUGGUCAGUGGUGAAAGUGGGGCUGGUAAAACAGAGAGUACCAAAUUACUAAUGCGUUAUCUUGCUUAUAUGGGAGGACGAGCAGCUGCUGAAGGUAGGACUGUUGAGCAGAAAGUCUUGGAGUCUAAUCCUGUUUUAGAAGCCUUUGGCAAUGCAAAGACUGUUAGGAACAAUAAUUCAAGUCGCUUUGGUAAAUUCGUGGAGAUUCAAUUUGAUCAGAUGGGGAGAAUUUCAGGAGCUGCCAUAAGAACUUAUCUUCUGGAAAGAUCACGUGUCUGCCAGGUGUCAGAUCCAGAGAGGAAUUAUCACUGUUUCUACAUGCUCUGUGCUGCACCUCCUGAGGAUGUUAAGAAGUACAAGUUGGGAAAGCCAGCAGCAUUUCAUUAUCUAAAUCAAUCAAAUUGCUAUGAGAUAGAAGGGCUUGAUGAAGGUAAAGAAUAUAUUGCCACAAGAAGAGCAAUGGAUGUUGUUGGAAUGAGUUCUGAGGAGCAGGAUGCAAUAUUUCGUGUGGUAGCUGCAAUUUUGCAUCUUGGAAACAUUGAAUUUGCCAAAGGGAAGGAAAUAGACUCAUCUAUGCCCAAGGAUGAAAAAUCUAUGUUCCAUCUACAAACUGCUGCUGAGCUUUUCAUGUGUGAUGCAAAGGCACUUGAAGAUUCUCUUUGCAAGCGUGUAAUUGUUACUCGUGAUGAAACCAUCAUAAAAUGUUUGGAUCCAGAAGCUGCUGCACUUAGCCGAGAUGCUUUGGCUAAAAUUGUUUACUCUAGGCUGUUUGAUUGGCUGGUGGAGAAAAUUAAUAGUUCAAUUGGUCAAGAUCCUGAUUCAAAGUCCCUAAUUGGCGUGCUGGAUAUUUAUGGGUUUGAGAGUUUCAAAAAUAACAGUUUUGAGCAAUUUUGUAUUAAUUUGACAAAUGAAAAGCUUCAGCAACAUUUUAACCAGCAUGUUUUUAAAAUGGAGCAAGAAGAAUACAAAAAAGAGGAGAUUGAUUGGAGUUACAUUGAAUUUGUUGACAAUCAAGAUAUUCUGGAUCUCAUUGAAAAGAAACCUGGAGGUAUUAUUGCUCUUCUGGAUGAAGCCUGUAUGUUUCCUAGAUCAACACAUGAAACUUUUGCUCAAAAAAGGUAUCAGACAUUCAAAAACCAUAGAAGAUUCAGCAAGCCCAAAUUAUCACGCAGUGACUUCACAAUAUUGCAUUAUGCUGGUGACGUUACUUAUCAAACUGAAUUGUUCCUGGACAAGAACAAAGAUUAUGUUGUUGCAGAACAUCAGGCACUUCAUGCUUCCAAAUGCCCCUUUGUAUCCGGUUUGUUCCCCCUGCCCCUGAAGAAUCACCAACAAUCAAAGUUCUCUUCAAUAGGUUCUCGAUUUAAGCAACAAUUGCAAUCGCUACUUGAAACUCUUAGUGCCACCGAGCCGCACUACAUUCGGUGUGUAAAACAUAAUUUGCUUAAGCCAGCAAUUUUUGAGCAUAAAAAUGUUUUGCAGCAAUUGCGUUGUGGGGGAGUUAUGGAGGCGAUAAGGAUUAGCUGUGCUGGAUAUCCUACUAGAAAAACCUUUGAUGAGUUUGCAGACAGAUUUGGCCUUCUUGCACCUGAAGCUCUGGAUGGAAG